CGCAGAGCGUCAUGCGGAUCCUCCGAUCAUGGAGGCUGUUGAUCUGCAAACCAGCAGCAAACUUCCUUCACUGUGUCACUAAACCGGCUUCAUUAACCAGCCUCUGAUCCACAGGUUACCACAUCCUGUGCCAACUCGACUUAUAUUAAUUAAUAUGUGUUGGUAAAAUGGCUGCUGAGCUGUUUCCUGCCAAAAAACUGCCCGCUGUCACAGCUGUACAACAGUACCAACAGCAGAACGUCAGCAACAACAACACCAUUCAGGGAUGUAACUGGCAAGGCUUGUAUCCCACAAUUAGAGAGAGAAAUGCAGUCAUGUUCAACAAUGAGCAGAUGGCCGAUAUUCACUUUGUGGUGGGGCCUCCUGGGGGAACCCAGAGAGUGCCGGGACACAAGUAUGUGCUGGCUGUGGGGAGUUCUGUAUUUCAUGCCAUGUUCUAUGGAGAGCUGGCUGAAGAUAAAGAUGAGAUCCGGAUCCCUGAUGUGGAACCAGCUUCCUUCUUGGCAAUGCUAAAGUACAUUUACUGUGAUGAGAUUGACCUGUGUGCAGACACCGUACUCGCCACUUUGUACGCUGGCAAAAAGUAUAUCGUUCCACACUUGGCUCGUGCUUGCGUCAACUUCCUGGAGACCAGCCUGAGCGCUCGCAAUGCCUGCGUCCUGCUGUCUCAAAGCUGCCUGUUUGAAGAGCCCGAUCUCACACAGCGUUGCUGGGAGGUCAUCGACGCGCAGGCAGAGCUCGCCCUCCGAUCGGAGGGAUUCUGCGACAUCGAUGUUCAGACCUUAGAGAGCAUCCUACGCCGCGAGACGCUCAACGCCAAGGAGAUGGUGGUGUUUGAGGCGACGUUGAGCUGGGCGGAGGCAGAGUGUAAUCGACAAGAACUACAGCCCACAAUCGAGAAUAAACGGCUUGUUUUGGGAAAGGCCAUCUAUUUAAUUCGGAUCCCGGCGAUGGCGUUAGAUGAUUUCGCGAAUGGCGUUGCGCAAUCUGGCGUGCUGACGCUCAACGAAACCAAUGACAUUUUCUUGUGGUACACAGCGGCGAAGAAACCCGAGCUUAAGUUCGUCUGCAAACCACGAAAAGGUUUAACGCCACAAAAGUGUCACCGGUUCCAGUCUUGUGCGUAUCGCAGCAAUCAGUGGCGAUACCGCGGACGCUGUGACAGCAUCCAGUUCGCCGUGGACAAACGCAUCUUUAUUGCCGGGUUUGGGUUGUACGGAUCCAGUUGCGGUUCGGCUGAGUACCAAGCCAAGAUUGAGCUGAAAAGGCAAGGCCUGACGCUCGGCGUCGCCAUCAUCAAAUACUUCUCUGACGGUUCCAGUAACACAUUCCCCGUGUUCUUUGAGUACCCGGUGCAGAUAGAACCGGACACGUUCUACACAGCGAGCGUGGUUCUGGAUGGGAAUGAGUUGAGUUAUUUUGGGCAGGAGGGGAUGACAGAGGUGCAGUGUGGAAAAGUGACCUUUCAGUUCCAGUGCUCAUCGGACAGUACCAACGGGACGGGUGUGCAGGGGGGGCAGAUCCCAGAACUCAUCUUUUAUGCCUGAGAGAGAAUAUGGAGAGUCCUGGUCGUAAAUGGACAGAGUAGAUUAGAAACAGACUUUUUUUUUUGUUCCUUAAUGAAGUGCUGCUCACAUUUUGCACAAAGGCUGCAAAAAGAGAAUAAUAAAGAUUAUAGUACACUGACAAUCGAUAUAGUCUAUUUUAAAAGUGGUAGUGCACCAAAAAUGAAAAUUCUGUCAUUUACUCAGCCUCGUGUCAUUCCAAACCUAAAUGAUUGUCUUUCUUCCAAGGAACAUAAAAAGAGAUGUUUUGAAGAAUGUUCAAACUGUCAGGUGCCAUAAAAGGAAUCCAUUUGACUUAGAAUAUUGUGAAUGAGUUGCAUAGACUAUUUUUUUAGGUAUUUUUUUUUGUUGUUGUCCUUUUUGGGCAUCCUUUCGUGUUCCAUGAAAUAGAGAAAGUCAUAUGGGUUUAGAAACACAUGAGGGUGAGUAAAUGGAAUUUUCUUUUUUUUUGGAGAACUAUUUUUAUUCACUUAUUUAGCUGGACUGAUCUGGCUAUUUAUCUUAACACUAGCCAUUUUCGAAAGUUUCUUAGGUAAAAACGUGUCUGCUAAAUGUAAAUAUAAACUUCGCAUAACAGGAUUUCAACACAAAUCAAGCCAGAAGUUUUACUCUUGAAUAUUCAUAUUGUUGAUGUUUACUGCUCUGACUAAAAGCAGACAUGUUGUGUCUCUAAUAUCUUAAAAUCGAACUUGUGAAGUCACACACUCGAUCGUUAUAUUUGUAUCAUUUUUGUGAGUUAUUGUUAUGAAAUGUAUUUUACUGAACUUUAAAGUAUUUGUAUAAUUUUUUACUUAACACAUGAAGCACAAAUUCCUUAAAGGGAUAGUUCACCCCAAAAUGAAAAUUCUCUCAUAAUUUACUCACCCUCAUGCCAUCCCAGAUGUGUAUGACUUUCUUUCUUCUUCUGAACACAAAUUAAGAUUUUUAGAAGAAUAUCUCAGCUCUGUAGCUCCAUACAAUGCAAUUCAACAGGGUCCAAAAUUUUGAAGCUUCAAAAAGCACAUAAAUGCAGCAUAAAAGUAAUCCAUAUGACUCCAGUGGUUAAGUUCUAGGCCGCUGAUAAGGGGGGACAUCUGGUCUUUUUGUCCUGGGUCCAGGCUUAAGGGGGGCCCAGAAAGGCUAUUUCAUAUUGUAGAGCACAUCUAAAUGCGUUCAGCGGGAGAUGCGAAUAUAAACAUGGAGACAGCACACAACCACGAAAAGUGUCCCGGAUGGGAUGACUGUCCGCCCCCCCAACGGACAGAACAGGGGGCAAGCUGAAAACAUUUUGUACCCGGUCCAAGAAUUGGACACCCCGGUUAAGUUAAUGUCUUUUAUAGCGAUAUAAUAAGUGUGGGUGAGAAGCAGAUUAAUAUUUGUUCUUUUUUUUUACUCUAAAUCUCCACUUUCAAACAGCCCUCUUAUGCGCGUUCAUGAAAGGUCCUCUUCUUUUGUUGUUUUGGUGAUUUGCAUUUUUUGUGCAUAUUGCCACCUACUGGGCAGAGAUGAGAAAGGAAAAAAGGGAGGGAAAAAGCAAAGGAAAGGAAUAAAUAAAUCAUAUUUGCACAACAGCCCAUUAGGUGGCGAUAUGCACAAAGAAUGUGAAUCAGCAAAAACCAGAAGAACUCUCGUGACCGUGCAUAGCUGGGGUGUUUGAAAGUAGAUUUAAAGUAAAAAAGGACUUAAAUGUUGAUCUGUUUCUCACCCACACCUAUUAUAUCGCUUCUGGAGACAUGGAUUAAACCACUGAAAUCUUAUCGAUUACUUUUAUGCUGACUUGAUGUGCUUUUUGGAGCUUCAAAGUUCUGGCCACCAUUCACUUGCAUUGUAUGAACCUACAGAGCUGAGAUAUUCUUCUGAAAAUCAUAAUUUGUGUUCUGCAGAAGAAAGAAAGUCAUACACAUCUGGGAUGGCAUGAGGGUGAGUAAAUGAUGAGAGAAUUUGCAUUUUUGGGUGAACUAUUCCUUUAAGCGUUUUGCUAAAAAUGUAUUUUUCUAUGUGUAAUAUUCAUGUAAUCCUACAUAUUCUUAUUUUUAUUUUCCUUAACAUUUUUGUACGACAACAUGUUUUGUAAACAUCAUGGAGUAAUGAGGGGUUUUACAAAUACUCUGAGAUUUAAUUAGUGGUACUUGUCAAGCAUCACUGUAAGCUACUAAUGCUUAUAUUAGGGUUUGGGGAUUUGAGUAUCCACACUAAGGUUAUUGUUUUCCUAAGUAUGCGGUAAUGGAAAGUGGUUUUGAAACGUUCUGUUUUUGUUGGAGAAAAAACACUAUUUUAAUGGGGAUGAGAAGUAGCGAAAUUAACCUUUACAAACGAAAAUGUAUUAGUCUGGACAUUGCCAAAGAGACUCCAGUCGAGGGUGGGCUGUGAUUUACGAGCUUAAUACAGCUUUAUAUAGUGCAUGCCAUUGAAGAGACUGCAAGUCUAUCCCUAACAGCCUCGUUCCUAUUCACAUCUAAAAUCAAAUAUGGCGCUACUGUGAUGUAAAAAUAGUUAUUACUGUGGCUGUCUAAUUUAUGUUGCUAGCAAGACUAUUUUUUGAACGUUAGGCUACAUUCAGGCUCUUUCAUGUACAUUUUUAUACGUGGAUGUCAAAGUCAAACCUUAAAAGCACAAUUUUUCAUAUAGUAGGUGUUUUUGUAACAUCAUGGCACAAUCUUGAUUCAUGCCAUUCUAGAAUGGUUGCACUCUUGAAAUGCUACAUUUAGUUUUGGAAUGCCAUGGAAUUAACGUUUUCGAAUUCUCUGUUCGUUAUCUAACUGUGUUCUAAAUAUAUAAAGUGUGCCUUUUCUAGAUUGGGUUUAUUGGUUUAAAUUACCCAAGCAGUUCUUACAUAUACAGUUUUAUUCAUAGACAAAGAAGUGAGAUGCUUUUACAAGCUCAAAGCACUGGUUAUGUUCACUGUGAAAGGUCAUUGAUUCACAUCUGUAUUAUGAUAUAUCUGGCACAAGGAAGCCUGUUUCAUCUGUUAUGUAGAAAACAUAGGUGCCAAAAAAGUGCCAAAAUAGUUUUUUGAAUGUGUAAACCAAGUUUGUGUCAAUAUUAAUAAAACAAAAACUCUAAAAUUUCAUGUCUGUGUUUAAAGAUUUCAAACUUCUUCACAAUUGCAAUUGUCUCUCACAAUCUAUUAUAUCUCACAAACGUAACCCUAUCAUAAUUACACCUUUAUAUCUUGUAAUUGCUAUUUUAUAUCGCACAAAUUUUUAAAAAUAUAUUGUUAAAUAAAAGGGUUCUACUUUACAAUAAGGUUCUAUUUGUCAACGCAACUGGUAACAUGAAAUAACAAUGAACAAUACUUUUAAAGCAUUUUUUAAGUCUUGGUUAAUAGGGCUGGGUAUUGAUACAGAUUUCCCGAUUCGAUUCUGAUUCACAAGCUCUCGAUUCGAUAUCAAUUCAUAUGGGUAUAUUUUAGUAGUAAUGUCCCUUUUGCUUACAUGUGAAAGAAAUUCUCUCCCAGAUAAUGUUGUUAAUAUUAAUUUUAAUAAUUUAUAUAUAUAUAUAUAUAUAUAAUAAUUUUUUUUUUCAUUUUGGUCACAUUUUGGUGUUUUUAAUCAAUAAAUAUUAUAUUACAUAUAUUUUGUUCCAUGUUUAUUGUUUGAUUGCGUAACUUGUACUUUUUACAAGUAUUUACACUGAUUUGUUGAAACUGUACUGUCUCUUUAACCCUCCCAUGGUAUUGAAAAAGGGCACCUUCCUUUGGUAUUCUUUUGACAGGAAGGGUCAGAUAUGUAACCCUUUUUUUUUUUUUUUUUUUUUUUUUUUUAAAUGAUGAUAAUGAGACCAUUUCUUCUUCCCUGAAGAACAAUAAAAAUUAUG